AUGAAUACAGAAGAAAAUCAGGAAUUAAAUUCUGGAAUAAUAAGAAGAUUUCUUGGAAAGAAACGGUUAGUGUGGAUUAUUGUUGGCAUCGUAGCUAUUGUAACAGUUGCAAUAGUUGUUAUUCCAACAACUCUUAUUUUGACAAAAAAGAAAAUUACAACAACAGAAGUCAAAUCAACAAUAAUACCAACAGCAACAUCAACAACAAUACCGACAACAAUAUCGACAAAAACAUCAACAACAAUAUCAACAAGAACAUCAACAGCAAUAUCAACAACAAUAUCAACAAUAAUAACAACAAAAACAUCGACAGCAACAUCAACAGCAACAUCAACAGUAAUACCAACUACAACAUCAACAACAAUAUCAACUACAACAUCAGUACAUCGCCCUUUUUACAAAAAUUGGUUUCGAACAAGUAGUAUGAAAGAUCCACGAAUAGCUCAUACGGCAACUGUAUUAAAGAACGGAAAAGUUUUAGUUGCUGGUGGUUACUUUGAUGUUAUUGACUAUGGUAUUAGCAGUGCAGAAUUAUACGAUCUAUCAACAGCAACAUGGACACGUAUCAGAUCUAUGAAUCAUGGACGAUGUCGGCACUCAGCAACUCUAUUACCUGAUGGAAAAGUGUUAGUUGCUGGUGGAUUGACUGAUCAUGAUACACCUACGAAUACUGUAGAAUGGUAUGAUCCACCACAUGAAAUAUGGAUCAAAACUGGUAGUAUGAAUAUUGAAAGACAUCAGCAUACCACAUCUAUACUACAAGAUGGAAUGGUAUUAGUUGCUGGUGGAUUCACUACGAAUCGUAUUGCACUUAAUAGUGCUGAGUUAUAUAAUUCAUCGACUGGAAAAUGGACACCAAUUGAUAAUAUGAAAGUGGCCCGAAGAUUCCACCAUGCAUCUACAUUAGAAAACAGAAAAAUAUUGGUAACUGGUGGGUUUAGCAAUACUACUCAUGCAUUAGAUGCUGCUGAAUUAUACGAUCCAUUGACAAAAUCAUGGACAAUUACUGGAACUAUGCAUUAUGCACGAGCCGGGCACACAGCAUCCGUCUUAGCCAAUGGAAAGGUAUUAGUUACUGGUGGACAGUCAAAUGAUCCUCAUAAUAAGAUAUUACGUAGUGCGGAGUUGUAUGAUUCAAAAACAGGAAAUUGGACAAUUAUUGAACCUUUAAAUAUUGAAAGAACGACUCAUGCAGCAUCUGUUUUAGACAAUGGAAGUGUAUUAGUAUCUGGUGGAACAGUAGGAACUUUCAAAGAUGAUAAUAGUUCAGAAGUCUAUGAUCCAUUAACAGAGAAAUGGUAUAUAAGCGGUGAUAUGAACUGCGUGAGAGGUCAACAUCUAUUAUCUGUUUUAUCAAAUGGAACAGUAUUAGUUACUGGUGGAGAAGCCAGGAUACGUACAUGCCCUGCAGAACUAUAUUAA